GCUAGCGCUGCUCCAGUUCCUCUGACUCUCAGGCUGAGCCGGAUAGCGAAGUCUUCACUUCUUCACAGAAACAUGGAGAACGAUCUGGGCUCCACCGGGGACCUCGGGCUGGACAGCGCCGUCAGACAGUGGUUGGAGUUUGACAAGAAUGCUAAGACAGCAGCCUGCGUGCGAGAGAUGGUGAAGAAUGGAGCUGUGGAUGAGCUGAAGAAGUGUUUUGGUGCUCGGAUGGAGUUCGGCACAGCCGGACUGAGAGCCGCCAUGGGCCCAGGAGUGUCUCGUAUGAACGACCUGACCAUCAUACAGACCACACAGGGUUUCUGUCGGUACCUGGAGCAGUGUUUUGAGGACCUGAAGGAGCGUGGCGUGGUGAUUGGGUUUGAUGCCCGCGAGCACACGGCCAGCGGGGGCAGCAGUAAGCGCUUUGCCUCUCUCGCUGCGGCCGUCCUCAUCAGCCGAGGAGUUCCUGUUUAUCUCUUCUCGGCCUUUACUCCCACACCGUAUGUGCCCUUCACUGUGUCUCAUCUGGGCCUGUGUGCUGGUAUUAUGGUGACGGCCUCUCACAAUCCCAAACAGGACAAUGGAUACAAGGUUUACUGGGAAAAUGGUGCUCAGAUCAUCCCCCCACACGAUAAGGGCAUUGCAGCAGCCAUCGAAGAGAAUCUAGAGCCCUGGCCUGAGUCCUGGGACACAAACACAGCUUCUAAGAGCCCCCUCCUUAAAGACCCUUAUCAAGAUAUUCACAGAGAAUACCUUCAGUCAAUACAACAGCACUGCUGUCACAGGGAGGUGAACAAGAGCUCAGAGGUGAAGAUCGUACACACCUCAGUUCAUGGUGUGGGUCACGUGUUUGUCCAGGCUGCUUUUAAGGCCUUUGACCUCAGACCUCCCUACGCUGUGGAAGAGCAGAAAGAUCCUGAUCCUGAGUUUCCCACUGUGGAGUACCCCAACCCUGAGGAAGGAGCAGGAGUGCUGAAUCUGUCGUUUGCGCUGGCAGACAGAGAGGGAGCCACCGUGGUUUUUGCCAAUGACCCAGACGCAGACAGACUGGCUGUGGCUGAGAAACAGCCAAGUGGUGAGUGGAGGGUGUUUUCUGGUAAUGAACUGGGCGCCUUGCUGGGCUGGUGGUUGUUCCAGUGCUGGAAGCAGCAGCAGGGGGAGAAUAAGGCCUCGGUGAAAGACGUCUACAUGCUGGCCAGCACGGUUUCCUCCAAAAUCCUCCGUGCCAUUGCGCUCAAAGAAGGCUUCCACUUUGAGGAGACUCUGACAGGAUUUAAGUGGAUGGGGAACAGAGCUAAGCAGCUACUGGAUCAGGGCAAGACUGUACUGUUUGCCUUCGAGGAAGCUAUCGGAUACAUGUGCAGUCCAGCCGUGUUGGAUAAGGAUGGGGUCAGUGCAGCAGCCAUUGCCGGAGAGUUGGUCUCUUACCUUGCCACGAAGAACACCUCCCUCUCCCAGCAACUGAAAGCUGUCUAUGAUGAGUAUGGCUACCACAUCACGAAGAACUCCUACUUUAUCUGCCACGACCAGAACACAAUCAAACAGCUGUUUGAGCGUUUGAGGAACUAUGAGGGGGAGAAGACGUACCCUAAAGAGUGUCGGGGUUUCGCCAUCACUGCAGUCAGAGAUCUAACAACGGGCUAUGACAGCAACCAGCCCGAUAACAAGGCUAUCCUUCCUACCAGUAAGAGCAGUCAGAUGAUCACUUUCACCUUUGCUAAUGGGGGCGUGGCCACAAUGAGGACCAGCGGCACAGAACCUAAAAUCAAGUACUACACAGAGCUGUGUGCUGCUCCAGGAAACAGUGAUCUGAAUCAGUUGAAUGCUGAGCUGAAUAACUUGGUGGACGCCAUCGUGGAGAAUUUCUUCCAGCCCAAAAAGAACAACCUGACCCCUCGACCGGAUUCUUAAACAGAAACAACGUCAGGGCUCGUAUAUAGCAAGUAAAAGCGCUGAUCCGCUACUGCUAAAGCGCUGGUUACCUAUCCCACAUUUCUGUGUUUACUCUACUCUAGUCCACCAGCUCAAGAAGGGUCUGAUAAUCAGCUGAUGAGUUGAAUUGGGUGUGCUAGCGUAGAGAAAACACAAACAUGUGCAGAACUUUUGAGUCCUGAUGAGCACUGUAUUGACAAUGGUAGUUGAUGCUGGAUCAGCCUUUUUACCCUGAGAUCCAUCCAUUAAUAUGCGCCCUCAAGGUUUUCCUACUUUGCCUACAUCACGAUUUACAAAUCCCUCCGCUGUGCCAUAACCUACUGAUCCCCCCCUUCAGCUGCAGUUCUCAGAGAUGACUAAUGACCAGCUCAACACCUAAAAUGCCCUUAACCUCUGAGAUUUACCCUACAUUCUGCAUAUUAUAAACAUUUGUAAUGCAGCCUUUAAACGAAUACUCCAGUGUUUUUCUACCUCACUUCUAUCUGCCGCAUGUAUGUAACAUACAGUCAGUCACCACAGACAAUAAUUUUGACAUUUCAAAACUAAAAGCCUACUUAGGUCUUGCGUAUAUUGCAUGAUUUGUUGCCUCAUGAUUUGGCCCUUUUUAAAAAUGUUCACAAUCUGAAGCGAUUUCCCAGGUAGGGAGCUCGCUUUAAAGCGACUCAUGGCGCUGAUAGUUUGAUGGGGAAGUGAGUCCAUCUUUAGCCCUCAGAUUUAGCUUCAAAGCUCCUGAUAUUUUCGAACGUUUGAUUUUUACCCCUGAAAAUGCUCAGAGUCCUGUAGUGUGAGAUUGUCUGUGACGUAAAUGAACGAGUGAUUCAGGCAACAGCCAGUGAGAGAGCUGCAGAGAGGGCAAAAGGUAAAGAGAUGUUUGUGUGGUGAUGGAGAAGCUGCUUGUGGAAUACUGGCAAAUGCAUUUAUACCUUUAAUGCCUUAAUAACCAGAACUUCAAGUCAUUCACUUCACAGUUAUACCUCAGCCUGCCAGUUUGUAGUAAAGUGCUUCAGCAGUUCUCACUGUAGUAUAGAAUGAUAGCAGUGAUUUUCUCUCUCUCUCUGCCUGAUUGUCUGAUUUGUGCACUCUCACAACAAAAGACAAGAAAUUCUAUAAAACACUGACCCCAAGGGUGAGAUGCUUCCUGGUCAUUUUGUAAGACUUGUAGUAGAAGCCACUGGGCAGGUACUUUCCUAAGUACUGGGAAACAUAUCAAAUUUAUAGUCCAUGGUAAUUAAUCCACUGCAGACUUCGCAGAUAGAGAUCAGGUUGCAAAGCGCUGGAGUAUUCCUUUCAGGACGGUGGCACAAUUCUUGUUGUUUUGGCUCUGUACUUCAGCAAACUGGAUUUGAAAUGAAACAUUAACUAUGAAGUAAAGGGCGUUUAUGAAAUCGUAUACUCAUUAGCCUUUUUACAGGUACGCCACCCGUAUAGGUGCACUUUGUAGGUUUAUAGUUACUGUAGCUCAUCUGUUUCUGCACCUCUCUCUCCACACUGUCCAUCAAUGGAAGUAGAGCACCACUGCAGCAUUUGGAAUCUGUUGUCUUUCAGCAUGAAUACCCAAGAAAGAUUCUAGUUAAGUAGGUUGAAAAGAAAAUUGCUAAAACAUUAUGGGGGGUUAAAAUCAACAGUUUGGAUCAUUAAGGAGGGACACACCCAUCCGACCGAAGUUUUAGUCUUUUGCAGAUGGUGCUUCAUCUAGCUGCAGAAGAGUGCAGAGCCAAACAAAUUGCUUUCCAGUUGCUUACAGACUGCACUAUGUAUAAACAGCUAUAAAUCACAUUAAUCAUAAUCACUCUCAUGCCAGUGUGGCUCUUAACAUUGCUAAAAAGUUUAACAUUCCUUUGCUUUUCUAAAUAUACUGGGUCGGUCUGAUCUUCACGCCUCACUUCCACUGAACUGCCUUUAACUACCUUAAAGUGCAAUAUGUGGUGAUUGUAGUGCAGGGAGUGUGAACUAAGUGGCAACUUUCAUUCCAAAGCGCCCAUUAAAAAUGACUUGAACUCUGUUUGUUGAAGUAAGAGUCAAGAGUGAGUGGCAAGCACACUGAUUUAACCCUUAGAGGUCUAAUGUUAUCACUGGUGUUUGACUAUUUGAAUAGAAUAAUGCUUACUUGUUUUGAUGGCAAUAACAGAACCUUAGCAGAUCUGUGGCUCCGGUCUGGGGAAGAGCCAUAAAUGAUGAUAAAAGCGUGUGGCUGACAGGCCAGUGUCCUUCUCUCUCUUCUCACACCAGAGAUCGACAGUGUUAUUGUAAGAGCUCUUCCCCAAACGAGCAUCAGCUGUCCAAGAAUAGGGGAGGAGCACCCAUCGAGUGCUAGUGGGAAAUUUGGUGACUUCCCCUCUCGCCCACCACACAUGUAAGCGAUGUUUUUUUUUUCUUUCCACAAAACACGACUGCGCACGCAGCAAUAACUUUCCAGCAGAUUCACAUCGUAGUAAAAUGUAUCUUCUACUUCCAAACACAAAUGUGGUCCAGAUCGAAAGUUAAGAAUCUGCACUGUCAGCAGAAUUUCUCAUAAACAUUCCUGUGGUUUUUCCUAAACAUGGAGGCUUCAUAAUCAUUUACUUGCAUUCUGUGGCCCGAAUCAUGCUGAUGUCAACCUUAAGUGUACGACAGCAUGCAAAGUGCCAGAAAGAAGUUUGAUUUCAUGCAGUGUUGACUGUUGGCUGUAAGUUCCCAUGCUAAUAACAACGCUAAUACCACACUGUAUUCACGUAAGACAGUAGGUAGUAAAGUAAAUUAUGAUUCAAUGAAAUGUUUGGACAUGCUUUCUGCUUGUGAGCAGCCAAAUGUAUCACCUAUGGGACUUUUUUGGUGUAAUGGAAGUGUGUGAUUCAUACAGAGAUUUCUUUAUCUCGUGCAAAUCGCUCAUAAACAUAGACGUUCUGUCAUAAAAGUACGUCACCCCUCCUCCACAUGUAUAACUAAUCCUUCCCACUAGUACUCAAGACUGACUACUAUGGUAACACUUUACUGGAGUGUUUAUAAGGCUACAUGAGCUUGUCAACUGACAGAACCCCACAUAAAUGCUUAUAAAUGCUUAUUUCAAUAGGCGUCAUCUGUCAUAAAGGCUUCUUUAGCUCACUUUGAUCAAAACCGGCGAAUGUCACCUUUAUAGCGAAUGACGCCUAUUGGAAUAAGCAUUUAUAAACAGUUAAGUAGGGUUAUAUCGGUUGUCAUGACAAGCUUAUGUAGGUGUCAUAAAGCCUUAUGACCAGCACCUCACAGUAAAGUGUUACUGCUACUGUUUUCAUUUCAUUUUAUUUGUGUAAGACACAAAGAGGUUUGGCUGGAAGUUCCCAUGUCUUAGGAUUCAUUAUAAAGGAUCUAAAUAAUGGAGACGUUUAUUAAAUUAUGUACAUGUUACCAUUUUUUUACCAGUUUUUUGUAGAUGCGAAGCACGGACCUGACUCACUCACUCACUCGCUCACUCACGUAUAGCAGGCUGAAAAUGUUUCACAAGGGGGCGCCAUUAGCGGUCAAACACUUAAAAUACUGCUUUCUGGUUUCUGCUCCUAUUAGCUGUGCGUUCCAUUGAUUACAGUAUAAUAUAACUGAUCAGUCUGUGCUCUGCUUCAUCGUAGCAACUGUUGCUAUGUUGGACCAGCUUUACAGAAUGCUGACAGAAGUCAGUCAGCCUGAAGAGAAACUGCUUAAAUUUAGGAUGUGUUUAUGAAUUUGAAGUGACAUUUAAAUGGUAUGUACGACAGCAUGUUGGCUGAUUUAUUGUCUUUUUUAGACUAUAAAGUUUGAUCAGCCACAACAACACAGUCAAGCUCGAAAGUAGCACUUUAAACUGGACACUCAAUGCUAAUCGAAGCAUAGGUGCAUUACAGUUUCUCUUCAGACUGAAUGGGAUUUUUGUCACUAUUCUGUGCAGCUUUACAUUCCAGUAACUACAAUAAAACGUAGACAGAACCAAAAGAUUAGAAUUAUUAUUGUUUUUGUUUUUGUUAUUAUCUGGACCUAAUAAACUGUGAAGAUGUUUCUGCCUGAGGCACUGCUUGGGUAAAUAAUAGUGAUGAGGGCUCAAUGAAGUGUCAGAUUGACUUGUUUUUAUUUACUUUAAACUUGUUUUAAUGUAUUUUUGGGUUUGUAACUGCAGUUCCUAACUUCCACUGCUACACAUUAAACGUUCAAAAGGUUACUGCAAACUUAAUGGCUCAUAAAUGGUUUUAUUCCAAAAACAUACCACUUUCAAUGACUUUAAUGACCAGACAACUUCAGUCUUACCACAGGAUGUCACUUAUUUUUAACUUCACUGUGAGCUCAAAGCCCUGUCCCCUGUUUUACAGGCCUUCAUUGGUGUCAGACUGUAGCUGUAACCAUAUCGACACGUCUGUUUGACUUGGUAACUUGCCGAAAAACUAAAACGGGAUACUUCACUGUAAUUUACACCAGGUUUUCCUCACUGUAAUUCUUUGUAGUUUAUGAUAAUUGUUUCAUGUUGAAUGUUCAGAACGUACAGUUGUUGCCAGAUGGUUCCAGGUCUGAUAACAAUGACUGAAUUUCUUUUUUUAAUUCUUCAGUGUGGUGAGACGUCUCUGAAGAGUUAUGUCUGUUUAUGAUGCUUCUAUUGUAGAUCACUGUUUACUUCGCCUUAAUAAACAGCAAGAUGCAGUAA